CUCUCCAUUCUUCACCCAAGCUACUAAAUUCCCUAGCAAAUUAAAUAAUUCCAGAGUAAGAGAAGUAAAAAUAACCAAAAAAGAUGGAGACCUUCCCAGUGGUUGACAUGGAGAUGCUUAACACUGAAAAAAGGGCUGCAAUUAUGGAGAAAAUAAAGGAUGCUUGUGAGAACUGGGGCUUCUUUGAGGUGGUGAAUCAUGGGAUCUCUCAUGAGCUUAUGGACAUUGUGGAGAAGCUAACAAAGGAACAUUACAACAAUUGUAUGGAAAAAGGGUUCAGGCAAAUGGUGGCAAGCAAAGGGCUUGAGGAUGUUGAGGUUGAGAACAAUGAUUUGGACUGGGAAAGCAGUUUCAACUUGAAACACCUUCCUGUUUCAAACAUCUCUGAUGUUCCUGAUCUUCAAGAUGAUUACAGGAAGGUGAUGAAGGAAUUUGCAAAUAAACUAGAGAAAUUAGCAGAACAACUCUUGGAUUUACUUUGUGAGAACCUUGGACUUGAAAAAGGUUAUUUAAAGAACGCUUUUCAUGGUACAAAAGGUCCAACAUUUGGUACAAAGGUUGCAAAUUAUCCACCUUGUCCAAAACCAGAACUCAUAAAGGGCCUAAGGGCUCACACUGAUGCAGGUGGCAUCGUACUUUUGUUCCAAGAUGACAAAGUUAGUGGACUACAACUCCUAAAAGAUGGUCAAUGGGUUGAUGUCCCACCAAUGCCCCAUUCCAUUGUUGUCAACAUUGGUGACCAACUAGAGGUGAUCACAAAUGGAAAAUACAAGAGUGUGGAUCACAGAGUGAUUGCUCAAACAGAUGGAAACAGGAUGUCAAUAGCAUCAUUUUACAAUCCAGGGAGUGAUGCUAUUAUUUUUCCAGCACCACAAUUGAUUGAGAAAGCAGAAAAAUUAGAGAAAGACAAAUUUCUAAAGUAUCCCAAAUUUAUGUUUGAGGACUAUAUGAAAUUGUAUGCAAGUCUCAAGUUCCAAGCUAAGGAACCUAGAUUCGAAGCUAUGAAGGCAGCGGAAUUCAUAUGUUAAUGCAGAAAUUAAUGAAUAAGAAAGGAGGGGCAAAAAUAAAAAAAAGAAUGUGGGUUUUAUUGAUAUUGUUUUGUCCUUAAUAAGAUUAAUGUUAGUAGACUUCCUUGCGUGUGUUUAAAAGUGGUUUGUUUGAAUAUGUAAGAUGUAUUAAUUUGUUGUUUUCAAUAGUCUCAUUGUAAGGAGUGGAAUUCAUAUGUUAAUCCAGAUUAUAUUAAUAAAAAGAGGGCCGAAAAAGAAAAAAGAAAAAAGUAUAUGGAGUAGUUUAUAUUGA